AAGAGCGACAUUUUCUAUCUUCUUCCCUUCCAGUGCCGACGACCAGUUCACCGGCUCCAUGGAGACCAAUGUGGUGAUCCGGUAUGACGGUCAGAUCAUGUGGGACUCGCCGGCCAUCACCAAGAGCUCCUGCAAAGUGGACGUCUCCUUCUUCCCGUUUGAUUGGCAGCAGUGCCGCCUGACCUUCGGUUCCUGGACCUACAACGGUAACCAGAUCGAUAUCCUCAACCACCUGGACACCGCGGACCUGACGGACUUUGUGGAGAAUGUGGAAUGGGAGGUCCUGGGGAUGCCGGCCAAGAAGAAUGUCAUCACCUAUGGCUGCUGUUCUGAGCCGUACCCCGAUGUCACCUACACCCUGAUGCUGAAGAGGAGGUCCUCCUUCUACAUCUUCAACCUCCUCCUUCCAUGCGUCAUGAUCUCCUUCCUGGCUCCUCUGGGAUUCUACCUGCCGGCAGACUCCGGGGAAAAGGUGUCACUGGGUGUCACCGUCCUCCUGGCUCUCACAGUCUUCCAGCUGCUGGUGGCAGAAAGCAUGCCGCCCUCCGAGAACGUGCCACUUAUCGGUGAGUAG